AUGAUCUCUUAUCGCUUCUUCAAUCUCUCCCCCCACACCUCUUCACCUCAGCUCCAUGAGUAUGUGGACGACACAGAGAACAAUCUCCACGAGUAUGUGGACGACACGGAGGACUAUGUGAACGCACAGCUGGACUACCGCAGGAACCAGCUGCAGGGGACCGCAAUUUCAUUAAUUUACCUUCCAUCCCCCAUUUCCCCGUCCCCUUCUCGUUCUCUUUCUUCCCCAGCUGCACCCUGGUGCCGCACCCGGGCUGCAACACACCCUCCCACUCCCCUGUAUUCUUCUCUCCGAUGGCCCCUCCCAACCCUCCACCUAUCCCUCCACCAGGUGCUGAUAACAGCAACGGGGACGGUGCUUUCGAUGCUCAUUGUCAUCAUUGCUGCCUUCUUAAUGAACCUCCCCAACUUCCUCUUUGACACUCUGAUCCAAUGGCCACUUCCUCACCGUGCUGCUGCUGCCUCUCCUUGCUGCCCCCCUCCUCCCCCUCCAUCCGCUCAUCCCAGGUGCUGA